CGGGGGCGGCGCGCAGCUGUGGGCUGUGAGGCCCCUCCCGCCCGCCCUGCCCGCCUCCUGUGGCAGCGGGACCGGGGCUGCGCGGGCCGGCGCCGCCAUGCGAUUUCGGGCUAAGAUCGUGGAUCUCGCCUGCCUCAACCACUUCAGCCGUAUAAUUAACACAAUCGCCAAGUUAGCCAAGACCUGCAUCCUGCGCCUUACUGUCUGCAAGCUGUAUUUCAUCCUCUCCGAUAAAGUAGCAAAUGGAGGCGCCAGUAUGUGGUGUGAGCUGAGCCAGGGGAAUUUCUUCGAUGAAUUUCAGAUGGAAGGAGUAGCUGCAGAGCACAAUGAAAUCUAUUUAGAGUUUGUGCCUGAGAACCUGUGGAGAGCAUUAAAAACUGCCCAGAAUGCUAAGGCAGUGAAGAUCAAGUUGACUAAUAAACACUGUCCCUGUCUCAGAGUUGCUGUGGAGCUACCAUCCUUAUCAAGCAGCAGUAGGAUUGUGACACAUGACAUUCCUGUGGGAGUUAUUCCCAGAAGAAUGUGGAAUGACUUCAGAGAGCCCAGUGUGCCAGACUUUGAUGUCAGUAUUUACCUACCAGUGCUGAAAACAAUGAAGAGUGUUGUGGAAAGAAUGAAGAAUCUCAGCAAUUUCAUUGUGAUUGAAGCAAACUUGUGUGGUGAAAUGAACUUGAAAAUAGAAACUGACUUAGUAUCUGUAACAACACAUUUUAAAGACCUGGGAAAUCCUCCCUGGGCAUUAGAGGACGGAUGUCAAAGUUCUGCUCAAGGCAGAGAUCUGGAAAGUAUGGCUGAAGCAUGCAUAGACAUCAAGAAGCUGCUGCAGCUGCUUGCUGGACAGCAGGUCAAUCCUACAAAAGCAUUGUGCAAUAUUGUACGUAAGAGAAUUGUCCACUUCAUCUUGCUCCAUGAGGAGGUUUCACUUCAGUAUUUUAUUCCAGCAGUUGCCUGAGUGUUUUGGAAUCUUGGUCAUUUUCCAACGUGAGGCUUCUUUCAUGAAGUCUGAAAUCUUUCCUGAGUUGCUGGAGUAUUUUGAUAUGAGACACUGUCAGAUGCAGCCAUCAGAUGGACAUUAUUUCAAUAUUUAUGAAAGUGUUCAAAAUACCUCCUCCUCCAGACAGGCAUUUUUGUGAAUAGUUAUAUGCUGUGAAAGACACAGUGCUGGGGAGCGUUGGUAUAUCUUAUGCUUGGGAGGAGCAAAACUGAAAUUUGUCUUAGCCACACCUCAAAACACCCCAAAAGCACACUGAAUUAAAUACUUCAGUCUUCUCAAAAAGACUAAAAAACUAAAGGUAGAAUUCACCUUUGGAGUUGCUGUUGUGUGUACUCAAUACUGAGCAAUGCAAUCCAAGUUAAGGGGUCUCUGAGCAAGCUAUCAUACCUCCAUGAAACAGGAGAGGUUUCUGGAGGGUUGCCUGAUUGGUAUUUGCCUGGGCAAGUAUGCACAGCCCUCCUGAAGUGGUACAGAAUUGAAUUCUGUUCCAGCAGGAAUCUUUUGAUUACAUUUGCUCCAACAUUUUCAGUAGCUCUGUUUGUGCUUACUCUUUGUUUAACUCUUGGCCUGGGAGGAUGAGCAAAACAGUCUGGAUUACUUUGUUAAUGUGGGCAGUGAAAACCACUAUGUACAGAAUGAAUAUCAUAUGAGGACAUGCGUGAGCACAGCAAUUGGUGUGAAAUAAAGAACAAGUUAUCUGUGGA